GAGUGGCAAACUGUGGGAAGGUAAAUAUAUGGGGGAGACUGGAAAAAUAAAGAUUAGUUUAAUAAGGUUUAUGGGUGAUUGAGAGUCAAAGAGUUGUCCUCUUAUCGGUGGAGAAGGAGACACCUUUCCAAGUGGAAAUUUAUGUCCUGCUUUUUAGGCAAAUGUGUGGGGCAGUGGUGGAGUCAGAGAUCCUUUUUUGGGGGAGAGGGGGUUCCUUUUCAAUUGUCUUCAGCUCAAAAUAAUCCUAUGUCAAAGUGGCAUACUUUGGGGUGGCAUGUUUCCAUUCCCUACAAACACGUAAGUGUGGCCUCUUUUUCCCGCGAGCAAAAGAAGGGACUGCCUGGAUGUGCUUACCUCAGAGAAGACUAGACAUCAAAGGCCGAGGCCUGGGUUCUGUCCUUAAGUCACAGUGGCUCUUGAUAUCAGUAAAAUGUGGCCAUGAGUGUCCUCAGUUCUGUCCAAUUUGGGAGGAGGUGGUUAGCGUGAUGCGAAGAAGGCUGUUUUCCUUGGGAGCGACUACGACACCUGGCCCAGUGCCACGUGGGCGGCCGCUCCGUAAAACCCACGCAGCGACGCUCCCCGCAGGACCCCAGGCAGCCUCCUCCAAGGUAUUUUCCCCGGAAUGUCGGCCUGGCUUCCCGGUGCGGCGGGGUAGGCCCGGCGGGUACAUGGCUUUCCUCCUCCCGAGCAACUCUGUCUGAACCAUGUUUACGGGACGUUUCAUGGGCUCCAAUAAAACAGCCAAUAAUGCCCGCCCGCGGGAGCCGGGAGUCCCUCCCUGAGCUGACGCCGCCGCAGGUGAGGCGGGGAACGCGGCUGCCGCAGGGCGCCUGCUCCUCCGCCACCGGGGGGCGCCAAAGCUUUCGGCGAAGGCGAGGUCGGUGGCGAAUGUGGGUGGAAACCAUGGCAACGCUUGGAGACGUUUGCUACGCCGUGCGUGAUGACAGACUGGGGAGCGUCCCUAGCGCCGGAUUAUGACGCGACAGUGGCGCGGUCUCCGCGGUCUCGCGUGACCGCGAGCGCAGCCUCGGCUUGGCAACAGCGGCGACGGCUGAGGCAGGCGGGCGAGGUCAAGAUGGUGGCUCUACGGGCGGGGCAGGCGGGGGAGGGAGGAGGAGCCAGGCCAUAGCCAGCCGGAAACCCGGACACCCGGAGGCCUCCCGGGAGCUGCCGCCGCGGCCUGAGCCCCCGCCGCCGCCGCCUGCUCCAGCCCGAGAGACGAGAGCGGGCGGCGGGGCGGGCCGUGCGACAGGACAGGAGGGAAGGGCGGAGUCGCCCGCAUCAGCCCCCGCCCCUGGCCGGCGUCCCGGGCCCUGCCCCGCGCUGCCCUGCCCGCCCAGCCCCGGUGUGGCAGCGGCUCAUGGCGGCGGUGGGGCACCCGCAGCAGCAGGUGCGGAUGGCCCAUCAGCAGGUCUGGGCGGCGCUCGAAGUGGCGCUCCGGGUGCCCUGCCUCUACAUCAUCGACGCCAUCUUCAACUCCUACUACGAUUCCAGCCAAAGCAGGCUCUGCAUCGGGCUCCAGAUCUUCCUCCGGCUUCUUGGUAUAUUUGUAUCCAGUAUUGUUCUGAUAUUGUCACAGCGCUCACUUUUCAAGUUUUACAUGUACAGCUCAGCCAUUUUAUUAGCUGCAACUUCAGUGUUGGUCAAUUAUUAUGCUGCUUUGCACAUUGACUUCUAUGGUGCCUACAACACAUCAGCGUUUGGAAUUGAGCUGCUUCCUCGGAAGGGGCCCUCGCUAUGGAUGGCACUCAUUGUUCUACAGCUAACAUUCGGGAUUGGAUACAUUACAUUACUCCAAAUUCAUUCCAUCUAUUCACAACUAAUUAUUUUGGAUCUCUUGAUUCCUGUAAUAGGCUUAAUCACAGAGCUGCCGCUCCACAUCCGAGAGACUUUAGUUUUUACUUCUUCCUUAAUUCUCACAUUAAACACAGUGCUGGUCUUGGCAGUGAAAUUGAAGUGGUGUUAUUAUUCCACACGCUAUGUUUAUCUUUUAGUGAGGCACAUGUAUCGGAUUUAUGGACUACAGUUGUUACUGGAGGACACGUGGAAGAGGAUUCGCUUCCCAGACAUACUGAGAGUCUUCUGGCUCACAAGGAUCACAGCUCAGGCUACAGUGUUAAUGUACAUUUUAAGGAUGGCAAAUGAAACGGAUUCCUUCUUUAUUUCAUGGGAUGAUUUCUGGGACCUCAUUUGCAAUCUUAUAAUUAGUGGAUGUGACUCUACACUAACUGUGCUGGGCAUGAGUGCUGUCAUUUCCUCAGUUGCCCAUUAUUUGGGCCUGGGAAUAUUGGCCUUUAUUGGGUCAACUGAAGAAGACGACAGGCGCCUUGGCUUUGUAGCACCUGUUUUAUUUUUCAUUUUGGCUCUUCAGACUGGUUUAAGUGGGCUGAGACCAGAAGAGAGACUUAUUCGCUUAAGUAGAAACAUGUGCCUUUUAUUAACUGCAGUCCUGCAUUUCAUCCACGGAAUGACAGACCCUGUAUUAAUGUCUCUCAGUGCCUCUCAUGUGUCAUCUUUUCGUAGACAUUUCCCUGUGCUUUUUGUCUCCGCCUGCCUGUUUAUUCUUCCUGUUUUACUCAGUUACGUUCUUUGGCAUCACUAUGCACUAAACACAUGGUUGUUUGCCGUUACAGCCUUUUGUGUGGAACUCUGCUUAAAAGUAAUUGUUUCCCUCACUGUUUAUACACUAUUCAUGAUUGAUGGUUACUAUAACGUCCUCUGGGAAAAGCUUGAUGAUUAUGUCUACUAUGUCCGUUCAACAGGCAAUAUUAUUGAAUUUAUAUUUGGAGUGGUAAUGUUUGGAAAUGGGGCUUAUACUAUGAUGUUUGAGUCAGGCAGUAAAAUUCGGGCUUGUAUGAUGUGUCUACAUGCAUAUUUUAACAUCUAUUUACAAGCAAAAAAUGGCUGGAAGACGUUCAUGAAUCGUAGGACUGCUGUUAAGAAAAUUAAUUCACUUCCUGAAAUAAAAGGGAGCCGCUUACAAGAAAUAGAUGAUGUCUGUGCAAUCUGCUAUCAUGAGUUUACAACAUCUGCUCGUAUCACACCGUGUAAUCAUUAUUUCCAUGCACUUUGUCUUCGGAAAUGGCUGUACAUUCAAGAUACUUGUCCCAUGUGCCAUCAAAAGGUGUACAUCGAAGAUGAUAUCAAGGAUAACUCAAAUACGUCUAACAACAAUGGAUUUCUUGCACCCAAUGAAAAUCCAGAGGAAGCUGUAAGAGAGGCUGCUGCUGAAUCUGACAGGGAAUUAAAUGAAGAUGACAGUACAGACUGUGACGACGACGUGCAAAGAGAAAGGAACGGAGUGCUUCAGCACACAGGCACAGCAGCUGAAGAAUUUAUUAAUGAUGACACUGACUAAAUACCAGUUUAUAAUCAUUGAAGUAUUUAAAAUUCAGUUCAUCCAAAAUGGAGUAACACGCUUCAAUUCAGUGUGACCAAGCACAAAAACAGUAUCAGUGUUGAAUCUGUGAAUGGUUUUCCGUUUACUGCGAUGUGCUACUGUAAAUAUACCUCUUUCAUUACUUCUGGUCUCUUUGGUGACCUGUUUAAAUUUGUGUACAUUAUUGUACAUAGAAUAAAAUGUUUUCAUGUUUUUAUGACAAAAUUUGAA